AUGUCAACUGGUCCAACAAUUGCACCUAUUCAAAAUGAAGAAGUUUAUCUCGCUAGUUCCAAGUUUGGAUCAUAUGAUGGUUUACUUAACAGCGUGCAGGCAUUUAAUUAUUCCAAAGGAUACGGAUUAUCUAUUCGUGAUUCCAAAAAGGACAAGUAUGUCACUUUGCAAUGUGGCCGCGGAGGUUCCUAUCGAGAUGUAUUAGGUAUUGGAGAUAAACGGAAAAAGAGAACUAAUACUCGUUUGAUUAAUUGUCCCUUCCAAAUUGAAGGCAAAAAAGGAAACGAUGGUGUUUGGUUUUUUAAGGCAAAAAACUUGGCACAUAACCACGAGCCAUCUUCAGAUAUGUCUGGGCAUCCAUCGUUUCGUCGACUAACAGCGGAUAACGUAGAAAGUGUCAAAAACAUGACAUUGUCUGGAAUACCGCCAAGGCAGAUUCUUUCUUCUUUACGUCAACAAACUCCAAAUCUUCCCGCAAGCUCUAGAGCCAUAUACAACUUGAAGGCAAAAAUGCGCAAGGAGAUUUUAGGAAACCAAUCAAUGAUUAGUGCCUUGUUUGAGGAGCUUAAAAAGGGUGGUUUUGUGUACGAUAUAUUACAUGAUCAACAAGGGCGUAUAGCGAGUUUGUUCAUUGUUCACCCCUUAUCUGCUAAGUUGGCCAAAACAUUCUCUAAUAUAUUUUUGAUGGAUUGCACAUAUAAAACCAACAAGUAUAACAUGCCUCUUCUUGAUAUCAUUGGAGUUUCGUGUUUUAAUACCUCUUUUUAUUCUGGUUUUGCCUUUUUGGAGAAAGAGGAUGAAGAAAGUUACGCUUGGGCAUUAAGUGCGUUUAAGAAGACUGUUGGAUUGGGAAAUCAACCGUUUGUGAUUAUGACAGAUAGGGAAUUAGCACUUAUGAAUUCAAUUAAAAGUGUAUUUCCCUUCGCAGUAAAUCUUUUAUGUGUUUGGCAUAUCGAAAAAAAUGUGUUGGCGAAUUGCAAGAAAUAUUUUGGGAGUAAUGAAGAGUUUGACAUAUUUAUGUUAAGCUGGAGUAACCUAGUCUACUCAACAACAGAAUCUAUCUUUAUUCAGAAUUGGGCUGAAUUCGAGUUAACUUAUAACGAGAAGAAAGAUGUAAUUGAUUACGUGAAGAACACAUGGUUGCCUUGGAAAGAAAAAUUUGUUAGUGUUUGGACCGAAAAGUACUUACAUUUUGGUAAUCGUUCGACCGCAAGAGUUGAAGGUGCUCAUGCCAAACUCAAAAAGUAUUUACAAGUUUCAAUAGGUGGUUUCAAGGAAGUGAAAGAUAAAAUUUGUCUUGCGGUCGAGCAUAAUUUAACGAGAUUAAGGUGCAACUUGCCAGUGAAAGAAUUAAAAUUCCUCACGACUGCAAUAUACCUAUUUUCAGAGAGCUUAUAUCCCAUGUAUCGCAGUAUAAUGACUCCUUGCACAAGUCAUUUCAUGGCGACUAUGGGUCUUCCAUGUGUUCAUAAGAUAAAAAGUUUGCAAGGAGGGAUACUUUCGUUAGACCUUGUUCAUCCCCAUUGGAGGAUUAAUACAUUAUCUUUAAGACCGGAAGAUGAUUCACAUGAUGAGGAUGCAGACAGUUUUUUUAAGUUGAUUAAUGAUUUGUGUUUGAAGUACAAAGGGUGGCCGCUAAGCAAGAAAGAAUCUGCUACUUCGAUGAUUAGUAAACUUGUUAACGAAUCUGAAGUGUUCUUUGAGUUGGUUAUCCGACGACCAAAAGGAAGACCACCAAAAUCGAAAAAGAAAAAAGGAAUAACAUCAACCACACGGGAUCCUUCAAGGUUUGAGCAUGUGCAAUCCUCGCAAACAUAA